CGUUUUUUGAGUUCUGUGCGUGCACUGCAGUAGAUUGGCAGGCCAAAUAAACAGAGAAAAGAGCCCUCUCCGUUCUCUAUCCGCCCCCAUUUUUUUUUACUCACACACUCAUCACUUCAUCCCAUCCACACCUUUUGAACUCUCUUCUCUCUUUCUUUCUCUUCUUUCUUUCUCUUCAUCCACUUUUAACAAACACAAAAUAGACUCACAGAUGACCACUCCGCAUAAACUCGGCGUGUUGGUCGCCAUUCCCAUCAAGGGCAGGAAGCUCAUCAACCGCAGUGGAGGAAAACAAUCACCAUAUGUCCAACUCAAACUUGGUCCAGAGCAAAAGAAGCGUACACGUGCAUCUCUCAUCGCCUCGGUUGAACCAGAAUGGGAUCAAGAGGUUCGACUAGAUGUGUUUCAUGGUCAACUUGACAUGCAUGUUGCUGUCUAUGACGAAGGCAAGAAGAACGAACUCAUUGGCGACGGAACCCUAUUACUGCACGAAGUUGUCGACAAGGGCGAGCUCGAUGUAUGGUUCCCUAUUAAGUACAAUGGAUCACCCGCCGGCGACAUUUACUUUGAACUGACCUUUUACGCCGCGGCACCUCCACCUGCAGCUGGAAGCACGCCUCCUGUCUCUCAGGCACAGAUCCAGACACCGAUCAGACACACUCAGCCAGGAUUCCAGAGCGGCCUCGGAAUGCAUGGAGUGCCACACACGCCACCAACCAGCGGCUUCGGUAGCCCCGCAGUAGGCCCACCUCCACCUUUUGCAGGAAAUAUCUAUCAACCUGGCUACAGUGCUACUCCACGACCAUUCGCACCACCACAACCUUUCUCACCCGCCUCUACACCAUAUGGGGGUCCUCCUGUAUCAGGACCUGGUUUUGGUGCCGCUUCUCCAUUCCGCCCACCAGGUGCUAGCCCAUAUCCUACCAACACAUCACCUCAGUUUGGUAACGCAAGUGCUCCCGGAGGAGGACCCUAUCCCAAUCAGAUGCCCCAACCCUUCCUUUCAGGGCCCCCUGGCAGUAACGCUUUCCCAACCAACAACAUCGCCAAUAACAACAACAUGCCACCAAGAUUCCCAGUACCACAACACUCUGGCCCUGGAUUUCCACAAGGGCCCGGUGGAGGCCCUCCCAACAGUUUUCCUAACAACGGACCAAACAACAACAAUUUUCCUCAUAAUGGUCCACCCAAUAGUUACCCCAACAACAACUUCAAUAACUUCAACAAUGGUCCCAACAACUUUAAUAAUGGCCCCAAUCAUAAUAACUUUGGUGGGAAUGGCGGACCCAAUGGCAACUUUGGAAACAACGGCAACAACUUUAACAACAACAACAACAAUAACUUCAACAACCAAAACAACUUUAACAACAACAACAUGAGCCAGAACAACCGCAAUAACAAUCUCUCAACAGGAGGUGCUCCAGUUACACCUCUGAUGCAAUACAACUACAACCUCGAGAGUUUCCCUUAGAUUUAUCAAUAAAUAUGCAAAAUACACACUUCAC